AGCUCUGCCCUACGGCCGUGCCCAGCCCCGCUCCAACCGGGGCCGGUGAACGGCCCCGGGGGGCCAGCCGCGUCCCCAGGGGUCCCCAGCACCCGGUGGCAGCCGUCCCCAGGUUGUCCCCGUGGUGGGACACAGGGCCUGGCCUCGGGGCAAGGGGUGAUGGGAUCCGGUCCUGCCCCGGUCACUGCUGCGAUGAGCUGGGGAGGGCUCAGCACACCGUGUCCCAGCACUGAUCGUGUUUCCUCCACUCUGGGGCUUCUGGCGGCUCUACAAGGCCAAAGUGCUGCAGACACUGGGGGGGACACGGGCGGACGGAGCGCUGCAGGAGGAGGGAGACCCCCCCGAGCUGAUGGAGACGGCCGAGACACCCAGGCUGAUGGAGGAGGGACCCAGCCCCGUGUCCCAGCUGGCGAGGAAGGUGCAGGGGGUGGGUGCCCGGGGCUGGCGGACGCUUUCGUCCCUCUUCACCAGCGAGGAUGAGCACCAGCUGCUCAGCCCAGAGUCCUGCGCAGACCACCCGCUGGCCACCUCGCCGCCCGAGCCACCCCCCUCCGAGAAGGCACCCGGCUUUUGGGAUCUCUUUGCUACCAAGUGGCAGCAGGCGUCGGGGCCGGACAAGGGGGUGCCCCCCCCGGAACCGGGCGAGAGCCCCGGGGAGCCGCCGGGUGACGACGGCAGCGACCUGCGGGAGCCAGAGGAAGGGGCCUUCCGCUGGGGCUUCUUGGCUGGCAAACUGGCCGAAAUCCGGAACAAAAAUGCCCCCAAGGGCAACUAGAGGAGGACGUGCUCGCCGGACUCUCCAAGCGGGCAGCCCCCUGCCCGCACCCAAGGGCUCCGCGGUGGGUUUCGGCAACGUGUCUGCACUAAAGAUCCCGAGGUGCCCCUUUUCCCCGA